CCACUUUUUGAGUUGGAAAACAUGAAAUAUUGUUUUAUGCGUCACAUGUACAUAACGAUAUUUAGUUGAACUAUAUUUGGCAGCAAGUAAUAUCACCAUUAUGUUUGAUGUUUUGGAGGAAAAAUACAAAGUUUUAAUGCAAAACCUUUCUUUAUCAAAAAAUCAAAAUCAAUCAAAAACCGUCAAUUUAGAACAAAAUAGAACACGAGGAGUUAAUUUCACGAACACCAGUCUGCUCAACUUUUACGUAAAAUUGUACUACAUCCUAAUCUGGAAAACAGAUUUCUCUACGUAAACCCUGUUUGUGAAUGUUGAGCAUCAAUAUUAAAAAUGUGAAAACAGAUGGAGAAUUUCUUUUGUUUUGCGUUUGUUCUUCUUAUAAACAAAAUUCCAAAUUUUUUGUUGCAUAUAUAUUUCAGUGAACAUGAAAUCAUAGUAUUCAUACGUUGUUUGUGAUGGGUAACGGUUGUGUUCACAGUGUGGAGACGAAGAAAAUCGAAAUUGAGAUCCCAUUAAAAGCAACUGAUAUUAUCCAUUUGAAACUAUCGUGGGGCAAAAUCAAGCCGAAAUGGAACGAAAUAAGUAAAAUUGCUUUUAAAAGAUGGUUUGGAACAUAUCCUGAAAUAUGGAGUAUGUUUAGCACUACUGCAAAAAACGUGGACGAUUUGCUGGAAUCGCCGUCCAUUAUGAAUCAUUCGAAGAAAUUUGAAGAAUUAUUUGAGAUUGUCAUUUAUAAUUUGCAUAAACGCGAAAAACUUGUCGAAUCGUUGAUUGAAUAUGGUAAAUUUCACCAUUCCUUUGGCGCACAGCAAAGAUUCGCUACUACCUUAGCUACAGGUCUGAAGUUUGCUGUGUUCUCGUAUUUGCAAAAUGAUCAUAAUCAGGAUGAUUGCAAAACACAAGAAGCGUGGGACAGUCUAUUCAGCUUUUUGUCUGGGUUGCUGAAAUUAGGUAUGCGAAAAGCGAUUGAAGAAGAGAAAGCAGAUGGAAGAGAUCCGAAACAAUCAACUAGUCAAAAAACAAUAUUUGAAGAAUUUUCUGUUUGAAUUUAAACGAAAGUUUUUUUAAAAAAGAAAUCAAGCAAUGACAUCGCGGCGAAUAUUUUUUCAGGUAUAAAUAAAAACUGUAAGGUACAAGAUCAGAUAAAAAUAAUAUUGUAGCUGUGACAAGCCCAUUAAUUCGUUAGUUUAUGGACACUAAUCCGUGUCUUUCGCAUUGUUUGAGAUGGUAAUGAACAUAUUAGUGCAUACAAAUAUUUUUUAACUAAAGGAGACAAGCAGGCGCAUGAACAAUGUCUUAAGCACACUUUAAGACGGCUUAAAUCACUUAUUUUACUUGUACAUAUGUAUACAUAUCAAAUUUGUUUGUUAAUAAAAUACGUUGAUGCUUUCGUUGCUGUUUUUGUUGUUGUUGUUUUUGUUGUUGUUGUUGUUGUUAUACACAUGCUAAAAUCCCAGACGGAAUACAAUUGACAUCUCUCCAAAGUGAAAAUUAUUGGUGCAAGAAAAUUGUCCGCUUUAAAUAGAUGUCUGCUUUUUGC